GAGGAGCAGAGGAAGACGAGGGCAGGAGGAAGGAGGGAGGAGGAGGAGCAGAGGAAAGCAGUGAGGAAGACGAGGGCAGGAGGAAGGAUGGAGGAGGAGGAGCAGAGGAAAGCAGCGAGGAAGAGUCUGUUGAUGAAGACUCGUUCAUCAGGAGCUCCGGGCUCAUCUCUCACACCUACAGCCUGGACGUCAGCCUCAGUCCUGUUGUUCGUCUGAAGGAGACGGAGGACAACGAGCCGCUGGUGUCCACCAUGAUGGAGCUCCACAGGCUGAUCAGCAGCAGGCACCUCCCCGCCGUGCAGGGCUGGGUUCGGGUCUUCACCAAGGCCCACGCCGAGCCACAGCUGCUGAGGAGAGCGCUGAGUCUGAAGAAGGCUCUAGAAGCUGCACUGCAGAAACACCAGGACCUGCACAUCGACUGCAAGAGCCGAGUCCGCAGAGUGGUGAGUUCCAACGCUGAGCCCGGAGAGUCCCACCCGAGUCACGCUCCACAGAACCCACAGCUUAGCAUGUAGAAGCAGAUUACA